GGCAUGAAGGAAGGCCUCUUUUACGGGAUUAGGUUUAUUUCCAAUUUUUCAUUAGAGGAGAAAAAGUAAAUAGAGAGAGAACUGAAGAGUGAGAGAGUUACAGAGCCCUCCAAGAGAGAGAGAGAGAGAGACUAUAAAGCGAGAGUUCUUCAAAGAGAGUAAAAAGUAGAGAGAGAAGAGAGCUGCUGAAUUGUUGCAGAAGCAAUAUGGCGCCUGAACCGGAGGAGGAAAUCAACCAGAAGAAUCCCCGCCCUUUGGACGAGGAUGACAUUGCUCUACUGAAGACCUAUGGUUUGGGGCCUUACUCUACAGGCAUAAAGAAGGUGGAGAAGGAAAUUAAAGAAAUGGCCAAGAAGGUUAAUGAUCUAUGUGGAAUUAAAGAAUCUGAUACUGGUUUGGCUGCCCCAAGUCAAUGGGAUCUCGUCUCUGACAAGCAAAUGAUGCAAGAGGAACAGCCUCUCCAGGUCGCUCGAUGCACAAAGAUUAUUAACCAGAACUCUGAAGAUGCCAAGUAUGUUAUAAAUGUCAAGCAAAUUGCCAAGUUUGUUGUUGGCUUAGGUGACAAGGUAUCCCCCACUGACAUUGAAGAAGGCAUGCGUGUAGGGGUUGAUCGAAAUAAGUAUCAAAUUCAGAUUCCCUUGCCACCAAAGAUUGACCCAAGUGUUACCAUGAUGACAGUUGAAGAGAAACCUGAUGUCACUUACAAUGAUGUGGGCGGGUGUACGGAGCAGAUUGAAAAGAUGCGAGAGGUUGUUGAGUUGCCUAUGCUUCACCCUGAGAAGUUUGUGAAGCUUGGUAUUGACCCUCCAAAAGGUGUACUUUGCUAUGGUUCCCCUGGAACAGGAAAAACACUAUUGGCCAGAGCUGUAGCCAACAGAACUGAUGCUUGUUUUAUUCGUGUUAUUGGAAGUGAGCUUGUUCAAAAAUAUGUUGGGGAGGGGGCGAGGAUGGUUCGUGAACUAUUCCAGAUGGCUCGCUCAAAGAAGGCUUGCAUUGUCUUCUUUGAUGAAGUGGAUGCCAUUGGAGGGGCUCGAUUUGAUGAUGGUGUAGGAGGAGAUAAUGAAGUUCAACGUACAAUGCUUGAAAUUGUAAAUCAGCUUGAUGGGUUUGAUGCUCGCGGUAAUAUCAAAGUUCUAAUGGCAACUAAUAGGCCAGAUACAUUGGACCCAGCACUUUUACGACCUGGUCGACUUGAUCGUAAGGUUGAGUUUGGGUUGCCUGAUCUGGAAAGCAGGACCCAAAUCUUCAAAAUCCACACUAGAACAAUGAACUGUGAGAGGGCUAUCCGGUUUGAGCUCCUUGCUCGCCUAUGCCCCAACUCUACUGGGGCGGAUAUAAGGAGCGUGUGCACAGAGGCAGGCAUGUUUGCCAUUCGAGCUCGAAGGAAAACUGUGACUGAAAAAGACUUCCUUGAUGCAGUCAACAAGGUUAUCAAAGGUUACCAAAAGUUCAGCGCCACUCCUAAGUACAUGGUCUACAACUGAAGUUUCUACAAGCUUCAACUUUCGACUUUCCAUACAGUGGCGAGAGAGGACGAAGGAGACGACUGGAAUUCUUUUCAUCAUUGUUUGAAUCCAUGAUUAUAUGAAGAUUGUGAUGCUUGAAUCCCUGAUUAUAUUGAAGAUUAUGAAGGGAAACCCGAACCUGAUGCACUUCGAAUGUUGAAUAUGCCUCAUUAUUUCCAUUUGAAAAUUCAAAUGAAGAGGAAAGUUAUCUAUAAUGUCUCAUUGUUCAUGUAAUUUAGAUAUCAUUACCUCCCUAUAAUCUCUGUUCCUAUAAACAUUUAUAGUGUCUGAUUGGUCCAAUCAU